UUGUUUUAAUUUUUAUACUUUGAUUCUUCGUUUUAUUUUUUCUCGUACAUACUACAUAGUACAUACUUAACUUAUCUCAUUUAAUUUAUUUGUGACAUGUCUCCUUAUUGGCAAGAAAUGGUUGAUGCCCUUACCAUAUGCGGGGCGGGGUUCAAAGCCCCUUCUAAGUCUGAUUUGAGGGGACCCAUUUUGACUCAAUUGGUGAAUGAUGUGAAGAAGGAAUUAGGUGAACGAUACCAGAUAUGGAGCACUAAAGGUUGCACCAUCAUGACUGAUGGUUGGACGGAUAGGAGAAAUAGAACUCUCCUUAAUUUUCUUGUUUCUUCCGCAGGGGGCACCGUUUUCAUCAAGUCCAUUGAUGCCUCCGCCCAUUGCAAGAAUGCCACCUACCUAUGUGAGCAGAUAGAGGAGGUAAUUGAUGAGGUGGGUGAGGAGAACGUGGUACAGGUGGUGACCGACAAUGCAACAAAUUAUGUUGUUGCAGGUAGACUAUUGAUGGAGAGGCACCCAUCUAUAUUUUGGACUCCCUGUGCUGCCCAUUGCAUUGACCUCAUGUUGGAGGAUAUUGGAAAACUCCCAUGGGUCAAGAGAUGUGUAGAAAGGGCAAGAAAUGUGUGCAAAUUUGUACAUAAUCAUUCAUGGGUCUUGGCUCUCAUGAGACAAUACACAAAGUAGAAGGAGUUAGCUCGUCCAGGAAUCACAAGAUUUGCCACAAACUUCAUCACAUUGCAGUCCAUGCUUCGCUGUAAGUCGGCCUUGAGACGUAUGAUUGUGGUGAGGAGUGAUCUUCCUCAUCCUAUGCUGCCACCCCUGCAAGGAAAGAUAUGGCAAACUACAUUUUUGAUGAGCAAGACUUUUGGAUCCCUUGUGAUGAGAUAGUGAAGUUUGUUAAGCCUUUGGUGGUUCUGUUGCGAGUUGCGGAUGGACAAAAGCCUGCAAUGGGUUACAUAUAUGAGGGCAUGGAUAGGGCGAAGGAGGGCAUCAAAUCCGUCUAUGAAGGAGAUGAGAGCAAGUAUUGCCCCAUUUGGGAGAUCGUUGAUAGGAGAUGGCAUCACCAGCUUCAUAGGCCCAUCCAUGCAGCAGCCUAUUAUCUGAAUCCGGCAUUCCAUUUUAUCCCUACUUUCAAGGCUGAUGUGGAGAUCCUUAAUGGGCUAUUCUUGAUCAUGGAGAAGAUGACACCUGCUGGUACUACUCAGACAGAGCUUAUUCGAGAGCUACAGUUGUUCUCAAAUGCACAAGGGGAGACCUCUUGUCCUAUCGCCAAAGAAAGUAGGACAACUAUGAU